UCCAUUUUCCAACUUUACAGUUUUACAUCUAAUUAACCACUUCUAUUCACCCAGUAAGACCCACAUCACAUUAGGACAAUCUCUCCAUUUAAAGCUUCAACACUAACAUCUGCACAUUUAUUUCAUUCAUUCACCUGUUCCCUUACAGCCUUACUACACUACCAGAUCCUUCCUCUUUUUAGUUCAUCCUAACCACAUAGCUGGUUUCCUAUUACACGUCACUCACAUUAAAUCAAUCAUUUUUCAAUUGUCACCCACAGAUUUCUUUUCCUCGAUAUAGUUCAUUUGCUAUUGCUUUUUCUCCAUUUUCUCCAGAUUCAAGAAUGGACCACUUGAGAACCAAAGCUCCACCUAUUUCCUAUAUUUUCUUGAUUUUUCUUACACUUUCAUGGGUUUUUCAGAACACUUAUGGAGAGCAAAAACAACCCAUUAAAACAGUUGUUGUGUUGGUGUUGGAGAACAGAUCUUUUGAUCACUUGCUUGGAUGGAUGAAGAAAUCAGUGAAUCCUAAAAUCAAUGGUGUUACUGGCAAAGAGUGCAAUCCAGUGUCUACUAAAGCUCAAGAUACUGAAACUAUUUGCUUCACUGAUGAUGCACAGUAUGUGGAUCCAGACCCUGGCCACUCUUUUGAAGAUGUGGAGCAACAGGUAUUUGGCUCUGGCUCCAUUCCUUCAAUGUCAGGUUUUGUGGAACAAGCACUCAACAUGUCUGAUAAUAAUCUAUCAAGAACUGUCAUGAGGGGAUUUAAGCCCGAAAAUCUCCCAAUUUACGCAACAUUAGUUCGCGAGUUCACAGUAUUCGACAGGUGGUUCAGUUCAAUUCCAGGUCCAACACAACCAAACAGGCUAUUUAUAUACUCUGCUACUUCUCACGGUUCCACCAGCCAUGUCAAGAAGCAGCUAGCUACAGGUUAUCCACAAAAGACUAUUUUCGAUUCGCUUCACGAAAACGGAUUGGAUUUCGGUAUUUAUUACCAGAACAUACCAGCAACUCUUUUCUUUAGAAAUUUGAGGAUGUUAAAGUAUGUGUUCAAUUUCCAUCAGUAUGAUUUGAAGUUCAAGAAAGAUGCCAAGAAUGGGAACUUACCUAAUUUGACUGUGAUUGAGCCAAGGUAUUUUGGUAUAACAGGGUAUCCAGCAAAUGAUGAUCACCCAUCACAUGAUGUUGCUAAUGGGCAGAAAUUAGUGAAAGAGGUUUAUGAGACACUAAGAGCUAGUCCCCAGUGGAAUGAGACACUUUUUGUUAUUACUUAUGAUGAGCAUGGUGGAUUUUAUGAUCAUGUUAAAACUCCUUAUGGUGAUGUUCCAAAUCCAGAUGGGAAUACUGGGCCUGCACCUUCUUUCUUUAAGUUUGAUAGGCUUGGUGUUCGUGUUCCCACCAUUAUGGUCUCUCCUUGGAUCAAGAAAGGAACUGUGAUAAGCAAGCCUAAGGGACCUAGACAAAAUUCAGAGUUCGAGCAUUCAUCAAUUCCAGCAACUGUAAAGAAAAUAUUCAAUCUCACAUCCAAUUUUCUAACUCAUAGAGAUUCUUGGGCGGGCACAUUUGAGCAGGUUGCAGGUCAACUGUCAUCUCCAAGGACUGAUUGCCCUGAGGUUCUGCCUGAGGUAUCUCCAUUGAGGAGUACUACUGAAGCGGAUGAAACUCGGGCGUUGUCCGAGUUUCAGAGCGAGGUGGUGCAGUUAGCAGCUGUGUUAAAUGGAGACCAUUUCUUGAGCAGCUUCCCACAUGAAAUGAGCAAGAAAAUGAAUGUGAAAGAAGCUUAUAAUUACGUAGGAGGUGCAGUUUCAAGAUUUAUUAGUGCAAGUAAAGAAGCUAUUAAGUUAGGAGCAGAUGAGACUACAAUUGUAGAUAUGAGAUCCUCUCUCACCACUAGAACCUCAGUCCACCACUAGAUUCUGAAUAAAAAACACUUUUGUUAGUUUAGUUUUUGUGGAUUUUGCCAUCCACUGAUAUAGUAUACAUGUUGUUCCUAGAUUUCGUCCCUGAAUCCCCCCGAAAAUGAAGUUGCAGCCUUUUUAAUUAGUAGCCUCUAGCAAUGUCGUAUACUAGAUUUGGGCAAUGUCAUAUACACAGUGCUGGAGCCGGAAUUCUAUACAAAGAGAUUCCAAAAUGCCA